AUGUGGAGCUGGGAGAGAUCGCACUUUCACCACCAUCAUCACUACUGUCACCACCAUAGUGUCCCUGAGUAUGGGGUGCUUGGGGGUUUUGGCGGGCUCAUCGGAGGACUCAUAGGGGGCGCCAUCGGGGCUAAUCUGGGUCGCAAAAAAGAGAGAAAAGAGAAAGAAGUUAUAGUCCAGCAGCAGCAGAUCUCGCCCCCGCAGCAGAGUAAAGACAAGGAGGUUCACAUCCACAUUAACCAGUACACCCCGCCAAAUAACGCUGCUCCCUCUCCAGCGGCAAACAAUGCUAGCAAGCAAGCUGGGAGCAGUGCAGAGCCGUCUACACAACACAUAGAGGCAGGGCUAGCGUCACUGGAGAAGCUUAUGUAUCUCGGCAACAUAGAGGCGGCUAGGCUGCAAAUGCCGGCAUUCAAGAAGUGGUACUUCUCCGAGCGCGAGAAGUUCACCGACCUCAAUCUGCUGGGGGUGUACGACACGCGGCUACUGACUGUAGACAUGUGGCUGGUUAACGAUGCCGCAAGGGUUGUUAAGGCGCCACAAGGCCCCUUUACGGAGAACGAUGCCAAGAAGGUUAUGGAGCGCCUGGUAACCAAGGAUGGCCAGCAACAGUUUGUGCAACUGUUCCAACCCGCCCCCAUAAUGGAGGGUGAUAAGCACGAAGACAAAAGCUCAGAGGAACCACUCUUCCUGCGAAGCCUGAGGAACGCCAAUCUCGCCCCCCGCAGCUCUGUUUCAGCCGACCCCAUGCAGGCCUACCCGGGCCUAAGAAUGAAGUGA